CUGACUUUUCCUUCCAUCUAGGACAGAUCGUUUGGAGGAAAUCCUAAGAAAUUUCAAAAACCAAGAUCAAAUCGUCUACUUCUGGAGUUUUUUUCUCUCACCGAGUAGUGAAUUACUGGGAUUAUCUACCGAAAAACGUAAUAUAAUCGCCUUCUGUUGAUAUAUUCAAAACGAAACUGAGCCUCCACAAUGUUGCAAAAUUCAAGGAUUAACAUAGGUCGGUAGACCUCCUAUCCUUAUUACUGAAGAUUGCGGUUAUUGUAAAAUGAAGGUCAAAUUGAAAAAGAAAAGUGCGGAAAAUGAGAAGGAAAACGAGGAAAUGUUCGUCAGAUUAGGAGAUGUACCUCUGGACAUAUUACGGUAUAAUAUAUCAAUGCAAUCAGGAGUGGAACGAAAGGAGACUCGUAAAUCUCUACUUCUCAAAAUGGGGGCUAAGAAACCGAAAAACCCAUACAUUAAUUACAAAGAACUCAUGCAGAAUAAGGCAAAGGCUAAGGCUGAUGCUGAAGCGUUUGCUUUUGAUGCUUCUUAACAGUGCUUAUCUCUGGUGAUAAUGUCAGUGAUUGUACAUCUACAUUGGUCUUAGUUUCGUCGAGGAUGAGACGGAUGAGUUCUUGCCCAUGGAUUCCCUUUAUAUAUCUACGCUAAUUUAAUAUUUAUGUCCGCUUCUUUAGGCUGGGAUAUCUUUUUUUAUUAUUCAGUUAACGGAAUGUUAUAUCCUCCACAAGUUUGUUGAACUUAAAAUUUUGAAUGAUAUUCUUGACUAAACAGUAGUUUGGGAAUUAUGUUUUUUUUUCUGAGUGAUAUUAUUUGUUAUAAUGAUUAUUUAACAACAGUUACAUUUCUUUUUAUUUAUUUACGUUGAAUUGGAAGUUGUAAGCUACUUACAGCUGACUAAAAUCCAUAACUGUAUGGAUGAUCUUAUCAAUUUAAAAAUAUCUUCAAGUAUAUCUAGAUAAUUUUAAUUGAUUCCUAGUCUCAUUAAUUGUUCAUUUAUAUACAUUAUUAAUACAAUAUAGAUUUUUAUGUUUUCCUCUUACGUGUUGACGACUAUUAUCUAUUGAAGAUUUCAUUUCAGCAUAAUCACAUCCUGUUGUAGUUACUGAACUUCCGUAACUUGUUAAACUUGGCUGACUUUGAUUAACAGAAGAUGGAUUCUGUACGUAAAGUAAUUGACGUUUAUUUGUUUCAUGAGUUAGUUGAUCUUUGAGUUGUUGAAUCUGUUAUGAACGCAAAGAAAGAUAGGUAGAAAGUGAAUUUAAUAAUCUAUUCCUUUAUAGUACUUAGUAAUAUGAAGUUUUAAUGAUGACAUAAAUGUAUCAAGGGAUCGGCUAGGGUAAUACUGUGGUGUGGUCUACUUAUA